ACUCAACUGUCCGAUUUCCCGGGACUUUUCUUCAUUCAAAAGAAAAAAAAAAUCGUUAAACCCAAAAUGCAAAUUCUUUAACCAAUUCAUGGCAAAAUCUUCCAAUUCCUCACAUCCUCUAAGAAAUGUUGAAGCUUUUUAUCCCACAAAAAAGAAUCAACCCACCAGGAUUUUCAACGUUUUCAUCUGUCUCUCAUUCCUCUUCUUCUUCAUUUAUUACGAAUCUGAUCACCUCAAUUGUCAACUCCAGAACCCCAAGCCAAGCUCUUCGAAUAUUCAACUCAGCAUCGAAUAAACUGGACGCUUCGAAGAAUUUCAAAGUACAUUCAGCCCUCAUUUGUUUUUUGACCAAUUCGAAAAAGUAUAUAGAUGCCAGGUGUUUGAUAAAAGGCCUGAUUGAACAUUUAGGAAAAUCCCGAAAGCCACACAGGGCUUGUUCUGCAGUUUUUAAUGGAUUUAGUCAGUUAGAGAGUGUAAUAUCUAGUCCUAAGGUGUAUGGUGUGUUGAUUCUUGCGUUGUGUGAAUUGGGGCAUGUCCAUGAGGCCUAUUGGGUGUACCGGAAGAUCAGGAGUUUGCCUGCGAUACAGGCUUGUAAUGCACUUUUGGAUGGGUUUUGUAAGAAGGAACAAUUUGAAUUGAUGUGGGAUGUUUACAAGGAUAUGGUCUCACAUGGUGGUGUGCCGAGUGUGGUCACUUAUGGUGUGCUAAUUGAUGCUGCUUGUAGUCAAGGUGAUCUUGCUAAGGCGAAAAUGCUAAUGGAUGAGAUGGUUGGCAAGGGGAUUGUACCCACUGUUGUGAUUUACACAACGCUAAUACGUGGUUUGUGUAGUGAGAGUGAGAUGGUGGAAGCAGAAAGCGUGUUUAAGAGAAUGAGGGAGAUUGGUGUGCUUCCUAAUUUGUACACCUAUAAUACUCUCAUGGAUGGGUAUGGUAAGGAGGCAAGUGUAGAAAAGGUCCUUUGGUUUUAUCAAGAAAUGUUGGAUCAGAAUCUGCUUCCAAAUGUGAUCACAUUUUGCAUCAUCAUUGAUGUGCUUUACAGGGUAGGACAGUUACAAACAGCAAGGAACUAUUUUGUCUGCAUGGUGAAGUUUGGUGUGGUUCCCAAUGUUUUCAUAUAUAAUUGCCUGAUUGACGGCAAUUAUAGAGUGUGCAACCUAUCUGCUGCACUAGACUAUUAUUAUGAGAUGGAAAAAUUUGGUAUUUCCCCUGAUGUUUAUACAUAUGGUAUACUUAUGAAGUGCUACUGUAGUAUGCAUAGAAUGGAAGAAGCAGAUGGGUUAUUAAAGAUAAUGAAGCACAGAGGGGUCCAUGCUAAUUCCGUGGUUUAUGGUACUCUAGUAGAUGGGUACUGUAAGGAAGGGAAUUUGGGGAAGGCUUUGGAAGUCUGCUCUCAAAUGACAGAAACGGGAGUAGAGCCUAGCCUUAUUACCUUCUCUACCUUGAUAGAUGGUUACUGCAAAAUAGGGAAUAUGGAGGCUGCCAUGGGGUUGUAUAAUGAGAUGGUGAUCAAAGGCUUUGUUCCUGAUGUUGUCACGUAUACGUCCUUGAUUGAUGGGCAUUUCAAAGAUGCAAAUUCAAAAGCAGCUCUUCGGCUAUACAAGGAUAUGACUGAAGCUGGUAUAUGUCCUAAUGUUUUUACUCUUAGCUGCCUAAUUAGAGGACUGUGCGAUGACGGAAAGCUCAAGGAUGCAAUGAAACUUUUCUUGGACAGAAAAAGGGCUGGAUCUUCUGGCGCUAAAGCAAAUCACAUAGAUACUGAAUGUUGCUCCCCUAACACUGUUAUGUAUUCUGCUCUAGUUCAUGGUUUAUGCAAAGAGGGAUACUUGUUCAAAGCUAGCAAGUUUUUCUCAGAUAUGCGGCGAGAGGGUCUAAAACCAGACAUUGUUACUUACUCUACCAUCCUCCAACGGCAUUUUGGAGAUGGGCAUGUGCUUGAAGCAAUGAUGCUCCAUGCUGAUAUGACGAAGAUGGGCACUAUACCAAAUGCUACCAUGUAUAAGCUCUUAAAUAAGGGUUAUCAAGAAAUUGGAUGUCAAAGUUCAGCUCUCAAAUGUCACGAAGAUUUAGAAAAUUUAAGUCUUGUCAAUCCUUAUAUAGACUCUUUGAAGAAAGAUAAUAUGCUGAGGCAGUCCAUCAAUGUGUGAUUAACAGAUCUUAGCAAGAGGCUUGUCAAUUGUCAUGGUCCAAAAGCAAUCCAUGAUUAACUGGAGAUUCGAUUAAACCAUUGUGAUGGUCACUUGAAGUAACAUAAAUCCGUGUUUACCCUUGUUAGGGGAUGUCAAAUCAUCGGGUAAGGUUUCCAUGACAAGAAAGAGCAGACCAGUGUGAUGCUUCCUGUCCUCUGUGGCUUAAUGCAGUAUUUUGAAAGUUUGCAAUUCAAUAGCAUAUACAUGAUCGACAACAAAGAUGAACAUGGCGUGAUUAUUGUUUUGCAACGAGAGAAUAGGAAAAGGAGGAGCUCCUUUUGCCGGUAGUCGAGAUAAGUGAUGAUAUUGGCUAGAUCAGCUGGAUACAGGAAAGUGAUUACUUUAUCCUUACUGUUCGUGUGAGUUUCAGUCUGGACUGGACAAACUGGCGCUGCUAACAUAAUUCACUGUGUAGAGAAGUGGUUCAAGCUUUUUGACUAAAGGAAACUUGUUCAGAGAUCUAUCAAGAAUAAACAAGAGUUCGUCACUCGUGUAUAUUCGGACCAUAAACUUUUGUCUGUGUCUAGAAAGAUAGAGGAAUUAGUCAUUUGUAACCAGCAGUCCGUCUUUUCAGUAGUAGAAUAUAUAAUAUAAGGGCAACAUUCCUGCUUGUUAUCCUA